GCGCACUGCGCACUGCGUGGCCCGGUCAAUCAGACUUGUUUUUAAAUCUCCGGCGGAUUAGUCUUUAUGUCUAUCUAACUCCAAGCCUGAUUAACGCAGCACACACCACAGGCGGGAAGGUAAACAUUAACCAGACGAGCACGUUUACGUGUCAAAGAAAGUUUUAAGUUUGCGCAGGAACAUGGCGGCGGCUGGAUGGACUAAAGGACUGUACAGGUCCUCUGUCAGUCUGCAACAAGCCACCAGGAGGUUUUCAGAUAGCGGCGACAAAGGCUGGUUCCGGUCCCUGUUCGCGCACAAACUCGACGCCAGGAAAGAUGCUCACUCCAACCUGCUGUCAAAGAAAGAGACCAGCAACCUGUACAAGAUUCAGUUUCACAACGUCAAACCAGAGUGCCUGGAAGCUUACAACAGUCUAGAAGCUGAAGUGCAAAGCAGGCUCCACCGGGACCAGGACUAUCCAUGUGAGGUGGUGGGCAGCUGGAAUACCUGGUAUGGAGAUCAGGAUCAAGCUGUGCAUCUGUGGCGUUACAGAGGAGGUUAUCCAGCUUUGACUGACUGCCUGCAGAAGCUGAAGAGCAACUCGGAGUAUGUGGAGUUUCGAAAAGAGAGAGCAAAGAUGUUGAUCUCAAGGAGGAACCAGCUUCUUCUGGAGUUCAGCUUCUGGAAUGAACCCCAACCAAGACCAGGACCAAACAUCUACGAGAUGCGCACCUAUCACCUGAAGCCAGGAACCAUGAUCGAGUGGGGGAACCACUGGGCGAGGGCCAUCACACACAGACAGGAGAACAACGAGGCAGUGGGCGGCUUCUUCUCACAGAUCGGUGACCUGUAUGUCGUUCAUCACUUGUGGGCUUAUAAAAACUUCGAGUCCCGAGAGGAGACAAGAAACUCAGCCUGGCUCAAGGAUGGAUGGGACGUGAAUGUGUAUUAUACAGUUCCUUUGAUCAGAAGUAUGGAGUCUAGGAUAAUGAUUCCCACCAAAACUUCACCGUUACAGUGAGAACGUGACUGAACUGCGAACGGCUCAUUGUCCUCAACUCCCUGAUCUGUUUGGUAUGACCGACUGCAGCUGUUUUUAAUCUGCCACGUGAUCUGUGUCACUUAAAGUAUCAGUAACAGUCAUCGAUGCAGUGUUCACAAGCAUUUAUUAACGGAGCCUUGAACAAAAAAAAAAUCUCCAGAGGUUUAGGUCAAGUACGUGGGGACGAAGAAUGAGAACGUGACCCAAUGUGUUGUAGAUUGAUUGAAAAGAGUGAGGUGUGGUGCAUUACCUGCAUUUUAUUUUUAUCUGGAAUUACUGUAAUAGACUUUAUUUUUCUUUCCCACAGUGAAAGAAUUAGACUCCGCCCAGAUUUUUAUGAUUGCACUUUUAUGACCACAUAUGACUUAUAAAUCACAAAUGAGAUCUCUCCAAAGAUUCACUACAGCGUCGGUGAUUAAAAAUAAAAGCCUACCUCAUUCUUAGAUCAUAGAAAUAUCUAGACAUUUCGCUGAUUUAAAAUUCACAGUUAGAUGCAUGUGAAGUGCCUAGCAGGAGAAAAAUUGUAACUUCUGGUAUGAAGUGGUCAGUAUUUUCAAAAUAAAAGUUGACUAACACAAGA